AUGGCACCGGCUGAGCCAAACGCUCUCCCCUUUCAGACCAAGGGGCAGGAGCCCCACUUUCCUGAAGAGGUUGAUGGUUGGAAAGGCUACAUCGAGUGGGAGAAAUAUCCUGAAAAGAAGAAGGAGGCCGAGGCCAUCCUCGAGAAAUAUGAUUUCCCCGAUCUGGACUAUGUGCCGCCUAAGAACCCCCUGUUGACAGGCGAGAGGUUCAAGCAAUACCACUACGCACUGGGGCCUACGGUCGCGUCCAUCCCUGACAUCAGCUGGAAAUAUGUCCUCGAGGAGAAGUCCAAGGACAUGAUCCACGUGCUCCAGUUCCCCUACAACGGAGAGCCGCCCCGGGACCGCCUUGUUCAGAACCCCAUCACCUCAAACGCGGACUUCUUCGUCCGCAACCACGGGGGCGUGCCCGAGGUAGACGCCGAGAAGUACUACCUCGACAUCGGCGGCUUCGUCAAGGAGCCCAAGCGCAUCACCCUGGCCGACCUGCAAAAUGAGGACCUCUUCCCCCGCAAGACAAUGACUGUAUCCCUGCAGUGUUCAGGCACUCGUCGUAUCGAGCAAAUUCACGAGUACCCCGGCGAUGGCGAUGAGCUGAUCAACGCUCCCUGGGGCGAGGGUGCCAUCGGGACCGCCACCUGGACCGGUGUCUCGCUCAAGAAGGUGCUCAAGUACUGCGGCGGGCUGACCCCAGAGGCCAAGGCCGGCCACCUCGAGUUCUUCGGCGCAGACACCUACUUCAAGAAGGGAAAAGUCAUGAACUACCGGGUUAGCGUUCCCUGGCGCAAGGUCAAGGUCAACGAGGUUCUCCUUGCCUGGAAAAUGAAUGGGCAGCCGCUGCCGCGAAUUCACGGCUACCCGCUGCGGGCCGUCGUGUGCGGCUACAUCGGCGCCCGGAGCUGCAAGUGGCUGUACCGCAUCGACGCCAUCUCCGAGCCGUCGCUCGCGCCCGUCCAGAGGAAGGAGUACCUAUACUACACCACCCAGGUGGGCAAGCAGAACUCGAUGUACUCAAACGGCUUCAGCAUCCAGGACAUGCCUGUAAGCAGCGCCAUUAUGUCGCCCGUGGACAAGGCCCAGAUCGUGCACGACGGCAAGAUCAAACUCAGGGGCUGGGCCUACAGCGGGGGCGGCCGCUGGCCUGUCCGCGUCGAGGUCAGCGGGGACGGCGGCAGUAUCUGGUAUGAAGUGCCCUACGACAAGAUGAGCAAAAAGUACUUCCAUGCUUGGAGGAUCUGGGAGAUAGAGAUGCCGGUGGAUGCUGAGGGAUGGCUGGAAUUCUGCGUCAGGACGUGGGACAACGCCCUGAAUACACAACCUACAUUUGUUAGGUCAGCAUGGAAUUGGGACCUCCAUGUGACAUCGUCGUGCCACCGCAUCAAGGUCUACAGCAUGAACCGGUCGCGGCCCGCGACUGCGGCGAGGCUCAAGAUGCUAGCGGAGAAGGGCCUGUCCAUCACCCCUAUCACGAAGCCGCUGGAAUUCGAUCUCGAGUCUGAGGAGGAUUGGCGCGCCAACAUGAUCGCGCGGGAUGGCAGAGACCCGGAGGAGUAG